AUGAAAGCCGUUCAGAUCCAAGGGGACGCUUCCUCCCCGAGGGUUGUCAUAAAUCCUAGCAUGGAUAUUCCCAAACCUCGAAACGAUGAGCUUCUCAUCAGGGUUCACGCUGCCGGGAUCACCGGUGACGAAAUACUCUGGCCUGAACCAUACCUCUGCGCUACUCGUAUUCCUGGGCAUGACAUCUCAGGUGUGGUUUUCUCAACUGGCCCACAGUAUCACGGCCCUCUGAAGAUCGGGCAAGAUGUCUUUGCGCUACUCAGCGCUGACAGAGGCCAGGGUCAAGCCGACUACGUGAUAUGUCUUCCCAAAGAAGUUGCACCUAAACCAGAGUCACUUUCGCACGAGGAGGCCGCGGCGCUACCAAUACCGCUUCUCACGGCCUGGGAGGCAAUUGAAUCCCACAUCAACAUCAGACCGGGCAUGCGAGUGCUCGUUACGGGGGCCUCUGGUGCAGUUGGAAUCAUGGCUGUUCAGCUUGCCAGUCAGCUGGCCGGUGCGAACGUGGUUGCAUUGAGUUCAUCUCGACAUCACGAUAUGUUGAAGCAUCUUGGCGCGCAAGAGGUGCUAGACUACAAUACCUCGGACUGGAAUCGCCAAACAACUGAUGUGGAUUGUGUCUUAGACACGGUCGGCGGGGACAUUCUGACCCAAGCAUGGAGCGCUGUGAAGGAAGACGGAAUCAUCGUCACUGUUGGAGAUCCUGCUCCCGCCUGGGCGUACGGAAGGGGCGUAGCCAACGAGUCUGUCGACCGCCCUCACGUGCGCUACGUACACUUCAUUGUCUCUCCCAAUUCAGAAAGAUUGGCCAAGGCAAGCGACAUGAUCGAUAGCGGCCAUCUCAAACCAUUGCCAAUCAAGCCUUUCAUUUUCAAUGAAGCGGUCGGGGCUUGGGCAUAUGCGAGACAGAGAAACCGGGGACACAAGGCAGUUAUUGAUUUUGUGAGGGGAUACGAAGGCCUAUAG